AUGGAUAUGUCAAAGAGCAUGGUUCGGCCAAAAGAAAUCCUAGUAACCUUGAAACGGCGAGAUGCCCUCAAUGUAAGCACACUUAAAACCAUUUACAAUAUACGCCAUCAAAAUAGGGUGGUACAGAGAGCUGGAAGAUCACAGAUGCAACACUUAUUGGGUGAAUUGGCCAAGUAUAAUUACAUUGAGCACCAUCGGUCUGAAGAGUCCACGAUGACUGUGACAGACUUGUUUUGGGCACAUCCUACCAGUUUGGACUUAUUUCAGUCUUUCCCACGUAUAUUAAUUUUGGAUUGCACAUAUAAAACCAACAAAUAUCGUCUUCCUCUUCUUGAAAUUGCGGGAGUGACAUCACCUGAAAUGACUUUCUCUGUAGCUUUCGCAUACUUACAGUAUGAGAGGGUCGAUAACUAUGCGUGGGUGUUAGCUACAUUGCGUGAUGUCUUGGAUGGUUUUGUUGUGCUAACAAUUAUUGUUACUGACAAAGAGCUAGCCUUGAUGAAUGCCAUAAAUAAGAUAUUCCCGAGUGACAGACAUUUAUUAUGUCGUUGGCAUAUCAUGUAUUCAUCUUCUGAAAUUCAAUACGAUGAGCGUCUUAAAUCAUUACUUAAGGAAUUCAGUAGCUAUCCUGAUGCAGUCAAAUACGUCAUAAAUACUUGGGCUGAGAGUGCACAUGCAAAACUUAAAAGACAAUUGGGUUCAUGUCAAGUCUCAUUUCAGGCAUCAUUUAAGAAAAUACACAGUCUGCUUGAGUUGCAACACACUGAUAUCAAGGCUUCAUUUGAGAAAAGUCUAACUGUUGUGCAACAUCAAUUUAAACCUUCUCAGUUCAGAGAGCUACGGGUUAAUGUGUCUGUCUCUGCAUUGAAGUAUUUGCUUGUAGAGAGUAAGAGAGCCAAUUCCAUUGGUAUUGAUGUUGAAGCUUGUGGAUGCGUCCUUCGCCACACUCAUGAUUUACCUUGUGCCGAUGAGAUUGCUGACUACAUCAGACAAGAUCGUCCUAUACCACUUGCUACCAUACACUCACAGUGGAGGCAACUUCAUAUCUCCAUAUGCAAGAAAGAAGAGGAAACAGAGGUGAGUUGUCAUGCAGAAGUAGAGUUGUUUGCGAACAAGUUUAAUGAAAGUGAUAGAACCAUGCAGUUGGAGCUUUUGAAGAAGUUAAAAGAGAUUGUAUAUUCAGGAAACACUUUUCUUGUUGAGCCGGAGGUGAAGCCCAAAACACGUCCUCGGGAUCAUAAGAAGAUCAAUGUUUCUACCCGUCGUGACCCGUGUGCAUUUGAGUUGGUGCAAUCUGGACAUGAUUCCUUCUCACCUUGGGACACUCAAAUCACUACAUUAGCUUCUACUCUGGAAACCAAGAAGAAGCGUCCUGUUAAGAGAAAGGAGAAGGCGAAUGCGAAAGGGAAGGUAUACAUUACUAGAACAGUGAAACCUGGUGCAUAUGUUGAUGCUUUCCCUUCUGGGUUGAAAUCAUACAUUAAGUUUGUCAAGGAUGUAGCUGCAGAUGGGAAUUGUGGUUUCAGGGCUAUAGCUGCUUCAAUUGGUCAUACAGAAGAUGAUUGGGUUCAGGUUAGGCAUGAUUUGUUGGAUGACCUGCACACACACAAAGAGGAAUACAUUACACUUUAUGGGUUCUACGAAAGGUUUGAAGAAUUCACAAGCAUAUUGUCAUACUUUGAAGACAAUACUGGAUACUCACAUUGGAUGACUAUGCCAGACAUGGGCCAUCUUGUUGCAUCGUGCUACAAUCUUGUGUUAUCCCACUUGUCAUUACAGCAAUGUCUCACCUUUUCACCUCUUAGAACAGUGCCAGUACCUCAACUUGAUAGACCUGAGAUUUUGGGGUUUGUCAACGGAAAUCAUUUCGUCCAGGUGAGUACACAAAGAAUUGACCUAAAUUGUUCAUCUCUUUCUCUCCCUCCACAACCUCAAGCGGCACGGCAGAACACAGAGACACAGAGAUAUAACCCGUAUGUUCAAGCUAGAAGCAGGAUAAAUCAACUCAAAAGGUUGGGCCACAGUGUCGAUAAGGCUAGUGAGCUUGUCAGAAAAGAGUUUGACUUUAAAUGUAGACUCUUUAGACAACUAGAAUCGAAGGGAGAAAGUUCCAUGAAGGUUGAUAAAACUCGAGCUGUUGUGAAGGACCUGCACUCAAGAAUCAAAGUUGCAAUUCACAGAAUUAACUUAAUAUCAAAGAAAAUUGAGGAGCUAAGAGACAAUGAGCUUCAGCCACAACCUGAGGAGUUGAUUGAAGGAUUGGCAAUGGUGAAAAACAGUUCGGGCUGCAUCAGAAGAUUUGAUUUUGUGUUUUUGGAAAUAUUUUGACAUAGGAUUUUGGUAAAUGAUUUAUGGAUUAAAUGUUUAGCAUCAAAAUAUUUAGUUUUGUGUUUUUGAAAAUAUUUUGACAUAGGAUUUGGUAAUGUAUUUAUGAGUUUGAUGUUAGUAGUUUGUAAGUACUUUGGUAUGCAUAUUUUAGAUUGUCAGAGAAUUGUAA